UAUAAAAACAGUAGUAGUAACAGGCAUUACCCAAAAGGUUUUUAUCUGAUUUUUAUCGUCUAAGUCAUAGAAAGUCGAUCUAUGGCGGAGUACUUAGCUUCAAUAUUCGGCACUGAAAAAGACAAGGUCAAUUGUUCUUUCUUUUUCAAGAUUGGAGCCUGCCGACAUGGAGAUAGGUGCUCUCGUCUCCACAACAAACCAACCUUCAGUCAGACUGUUUUGUUGCAGAGUCUUUACAACAAUCCACUGAACACUGCCACCCAAGCAGGCACUGGAGGACCAGAUAACUCCAUCAGUGGCAUUGAGGAGGCACAAAAUCAAGAAGAAUAUGACAACUUUUUUGAAGAAGUUUUCACUGAACUCGAGGAAAAGUAUGGGAGAAUAGAAGAGAUGAACGUCUGUGACAAUUUAGGAGACCACCUCCUAGGAAAUGUGUAUGUUAAGUUUGAAAGUGAAGAAAUAGCAGAGAGGGCAGUGGCAGAUCUGAACAAUCGUUGGUUCAACGGGCGACCAAUCACAGCCGAGUUGUCUCCAGUCACUGAUUUCAGAGAGGCUUGCUGUAGGCAGUAUGAACUAGGUGAGUGCACUAGGGGAGGAUUCUGCAAUUUCAUGCAUUUGAAACCAAUCUCAAGAGAACUGAGAAGAGAACUCUAUGGAAGAAGCAAAAGAAGAUCCAGAUCUAGAUCACCACCUACAAGGAGAGGGACUCAUGAAAGGGACCGCCGGAGGAGGAGAUCGAGGAGCAGGAGUAGGGAUAGAAGACGUUAGGUGGAAGAUGUCGCCAUUGCAUUCCAACAGACCUGUCCAUUUAUGGAUGGGGGGGAUGGGUGCUGACAAAUUGUGAUUUGUGAGCAAAUAAGUCGUUUCACUGACUGGAUUAUUUGGUCAUUUAACUUUUAUAUAUUUUGAUCAAACCAAUUGGAAUAACUUUGGGUACCUUUUAUUGAGAUAAAAUAAUUGAAGUACUGUGUUUUUUUUGUUAGUUUUCUCUACAAAAACUUCGUAUUAACUGAAAAAUAAAUUAUGUGAUUCAAUACCUCAGUUAUAAGUAACCUGAUGUGCAAAUGGUCACUUAAUAAUAUUUUCUUAUUAAACUCACUUCAAAUUUUGCACCAAUCCUUAUAUAAUCAUGUCACUUGAAUGAAGUUGCCAACUUUUUGCUAUCAGGUUUAACUUCUAACUUGAGAAAAAAAAAUUAAUUAAAGAUUUAAGACAACCCAAUUCUCGUGAUUUAAUAUUUUACGCUUUUAACGUUUUGC